GAAGCACAAUUCAACGGCUGCUCAGUCCUGCUCUGGCUUCCUAUGUUUAGCUGGGCAAUUUCUUCCUCCUGAAUGAUCCUCUCUUUUCUGCCUGACCUUGGUGAAGAUGACUGCUGUCCUGCUACUGAACCUUGCUGUCCUCCUGAACCUCUGCUACCCUGUUGGAGCUCAAGAAGGAGCCUUGGUGAGAAUACAGCCAGAAAGAGCUGCAGUGGCAUAUGGAGGCUCCAUUGUGUUUAACUGCAGUGCCAGCUGCAAGGAUCUCACAAAAAUUGGCCUCGAGACCAAGGAGACGACGGAGAGCAAGGGAAAUGGGACCACUUGGGCCGCUUUUCAACUUGUAAAUGUCAGCGAGUGGGACUCCACUCCAAAAUGCUACGCUCGUUGCAAUGAGACGACAACCCUUCAAAGUGCAACCCUUACCGUUUACCGAUCUCCAGAGCAAAUAGUGUUGGAUCCAUUGCCAGAGAUGGAGGUGGGCAAGGAAUAUAACUUGACAUGUCGGGUUACCAAUGUUGCCCCCAGACGGAACCUCACUGUGACCUUCCUGAAAGGAGAGAUGAAACUGCACCAGGAGGCAUUUAAGGAACACUCUGCCCCGGAAGCUGGUGAUGUUGUGGCGACCCACAGCAUAACUGCUCAGCUAUCUGACUAUGGGAAGGAAUUCAGCUGCCAGGCAGCCUUGGAUCUGAGGCCCGAAGGGCAGCUCUUUGAAAAGGCCUCCAGCAACCAAUCACUAAAGACGGUUGUCAAGCCUUACAAUGUCAGCAUCUCAAUAGGUUACAUGGAGUACAGAGCUGGUGAGAAAAUCGAGGUGGAGUGUCAUGGAGAAGGCAGCCCCCUUCCAGAGUUUGAAUGGGAAGUCCCUUCGAGUUUGAAGGUGGUGUUCUCAGACAGCAAUAAGACUUUAACAAUAGAAUCAGCGGAAAAGUCCCAUAAUGGAACGUACCGAUGUCUAGCACACAACAUGUACGGCAGCCAGUCAGCCCAGGCUGACAUCAUCUUUAAAGAUCGGUCUCGCAGCUGGGUCGCCCCUGUUGUGGUGGUAAUGCUCCUGGCUGCAGUAGGUAUCGGUGCCAUUGUCUGGUAUCGAUUCCGAAAAUGAUAAUGGCUGAUCAGAAAGAGGACAAGUUUGGAACUCCACUGAGAUGUGGGAGGCAGAGAAUGCUGCAGAUUCCUUUCUUGACAAGUCGCAGCAGAAGAAAGGAAGAUCUUUGAUGUGCUUCAGACCUCCAUGCAGCAGCAGGUGGCAGAAACAGAGUGAUAUCUCCAGCACCUAAUCUCCACAACAUCUGAUGCUACACUGAGGCAAACAGCCAUGCUUCUGAAGGCCCCCUGUGUGCCUUUUGGGGCAGCUGGGGGUGUGCAGAACCUGGGGCAGGGUCAAAGCACAGAAUGUGUCACCAGGCACAGAAACCUUUCAGGUUUUGUUUUAAUUUCAAAUGUAUAAAAAUUGUGAACUUGCAAAAAAGUUAAGAACACAAAUAUUUGUCCUGUUACAAUUCAUCCCAUUUAAGUGGUACACUUCAUAUGAUUAAAAAGAAUGUAUAAUGCAUAUUACUUUGCCAGAACUAGAUUUAAAAAAUCCAUUUGUAUAGAAACAUGCCUACCACAUCAUCGUUGUUUGAGUUCUAAUACGAUGUGAAUUUAAUGAUCAUAAAUACAAUCCCUCUGUUUUCUUGGGGGUGCAGUUUCUAGUCCUUAUGACUGUGAAGAUAGUUUUGCAAACGACUUGCUAAAAUCCCAGACACCAGAGGAGCAUCUGAAUCAGAUCCUGCACAGCCACUUGCUCCUUCCCAUGACUAGGAAAGCCAGCAUAAAUUAAAGUAGUAAAAAAUUGUCAAAUAAAUUAUGCAAGAUAAGAUACAUAAUGCAGAUUUUCAUAAUGUGCAUAAUGUAUAUAACUUGCGGAAUUCAGUCUAGUAACUUUCUAAAUCUUACAGCCAGACUAGAGAAGUUAGAAUUAAUAUAUUUGGUUUUGGUUUUCUUUUAAAUUGCCUGCCUGUAUGACCUUUUUCAUUCCACCAAUGAAAAAUCCUUUAAUUUGGUUAAAUGCUCAAGACUGGUGUAACUUUGCAAGCUCAAGAAUAACUCCACAUGUCUGGAUCUUUGAGUAACAUGACUAGCCUGAGGAUAAGUGGGUGUUGAGAACUAGGUGGCUGUGGGGUAAUAUACCUUGUACCCCACCCACUCCAUCUUUAGCAAUCUCCCCAGGGUGACACCUACUUUGGGGGUGAAGUAGCCUGGUAGCAGCUAAUGCUAUCUCUGAGGACCAUCUCAGAGGAGGAAAAUUUUGUCAGAACCCACAGGAAGAAAAUGGGUAAAAAGGGGUGCUGAGCCCAAUCAGGAGCAUGCUUGUGACACCCUUCCCCACCAACAUAUUGGGAAAGUGACUUCCCAUAUGGGACUUCUUACUUGGUGGAAUGUUCAGGCUUGAGUCCAGUUGGGGAUUUAGAGAAGGAUGUUUGGUUGUGUAACUCAGCCACCCUUCAGGUGAAAGCUGAGUAUAGCAUAUCUGUCUGAAGUGGCUGCGGCUGGAUUGUAGCCAUGGUACUCUUCUGGGGCCUAGACACUGCAGCUAUAUUCUUGAUCUGUUCUUUGAAAUUUUCAAUUUCAUUUUUUAAAAAGUUGUUGGUUCCUAGUUCCUUUAUUUGUAAGGGGGAAGGAUCAGGCAGUAUUUUACCCAUUUGUUCAGAAGGAAGUUGAUCUGUUCCUGCCCUUCAGUGUCCUUGUCAAUGAGAAUGGAGGCACUAGGACCCUGGUCAGCACUUUUCUUUGAGGCAGGGUUGGAGGCUACCAAACCCAGUCCCACCAAAGCGUGCCAGCUAUAGCUACUACUCCAUCUCCUUCCCAGGGGCGUAGCUAGGGAAGAAGGAGACUGUGUUCAUCCCUCUCUCUGGCGGCCCCCCAGAGUGAGGAAGUUAAUGAAGAUAAUAGGGAGGGGUGGAGGUGGAGGGCCCUUAGGAGCUGGGGGCCCGUGUUCUUUGAACCCUUUUGCUCAAUUAUAGCUACACCCCUGCUCCUUCCACAUAUCGCUCUUGCCUCUUUUUAGCAAUUGAAGGCCAAUUGUUAUCACUCAGGGAGCUGGAUUUUGGCCCUGAAAUUUCUAAUGCUAAAUUCCUAAAGAACAAUUGAUGAGCAAUUGGCACUUACAUUUUUAGCCUACUUUCCAAUAGGCUUAUGAGAUCACCCCAUAGUGUGUGUGUGUCCAUGUGUCCGUCCCUCCCUACCAACUUCUCAGUGCCUGGAUCAAUACAGACCAAAUCAGGUACAGCUGUAGGGACACAUAGGGACACCUCAAAAGCAUAGUUUUUGAUGAUGUCAUCUAGCCCGAUCCAAGAUGGUGGGCACGUAAAUGUUUGAGGUGCAGGAGGGCUAAUUUGUGGACUGCCUAACCGAUUUGAACCAAAUUUGGUACAGAUGUAGUGAGUGACAUAGAAGGAUGCCUCAACGGCAUGGUUUGUGAUGAUGCCAUCCACCUCAAUUCAAGAUGGCGGAUGUGAACAUUUUUUUUGACAGAUCAGAAUGACAUUAGAUCCUAUAAUGUGGCCAAGUUUUGCCUAAUAGCUAGCAAAAUUCGUUUAGAGUUUAAUAAGAUCCAAACAUUUUAACAUCUGUAUAUAUGAAUGUUGUGUCCACUAGUUGGAUAUGAUUUUGUUAUACAUAGUAUAGAACACAAAAUGUUAUGAGAAAUGUUAUGAGAUACACUGUUCUGUAUCAGGCAAAUAAUUUUGAUAUCUUGCUACCUUUUUACUCAGUAUCACUCUGGCUAGUGUUGAUUUAUUUUAUAUAAUUUUUGUUCAUAGUCUUAAUUUUUAGCUUAUUCUACUCACUGUAUUACGUUUUAGGUGUUUUAGGUAAUUUUAUAGAGAUCCCCCUAUUACCUUGUAGAAGGAGAUUAUAUUAAUUGUUUCUUGUCUGUUUUGCUGUUAUGCUUAUCAUAGAUCGAAAUAAAGACUUGUCUUGUCAGGUGAA